UUGAAAAAAGAAAAAAAACGUUAAUGGAAGAAAACCAUCCGCGCUCUCAUCUCAAGCUCCAAUUCUUCGAAGACCAAGACUCCGACAAGCCCCCUGCUUACAGACAAAAGAGGGCUAGGUUUCCCAGGGGAAAGAAGGUCAAGCCUGGAGAAGAAGCAGUGAAUAGAGUAGAUAUUGUAGACGGUUCGUGUGACUUGACGGAUCCUCGUUUUGCCGCUAAGGAACGUGCCAAACGCCAUUGUCAAAUUACUACAGAACUAUUCGCUGAAGAUGGACGAGGAAUGCUUAAUGAUGUCUCGGCUGCUGAAGUUUCAUAUGAGGAUAACGAGAACUUCAUUGAUGAUGGAGUUCAAAUAGAACCCUUCAAUCUUGACAAAGAAAGAGAAGAAGGAUACUUUGAUGUGGAAGGAAACUUUGUUGAAUAUGUCGCCAACAAGGAAAUCAAGGAUGCCUGGCUUGAUGGUGUUGAAGCUGAUGUAAAAUAUACAAGAAAAGCAUCUGUAACAACAAAUGGUGAAAAUAAUGAAGUUGCGGCAAAGGGCCUUUCUGCCCAAGACAUUGGGAAAAUAAAGAGACGGAUUGCUGAUGUGCUAGAACCUGGAGAAACGGUUUUACAAUCUCUGAGAAGGUUGAAAGGAACUUCAAAUAACAGAAAAGAGAAAAUGUCGGCUGAGACAAAGCGUGAAUUUGAUCAGCUAACUGAGGAUGCCAUUAAGUUGAUGGAGAAUGGUGAUUUCAAUGUGUACUAUGAGAAGAAAGAAGUUUUCCAGCGUGAGGCUGCUGAGGGAUAUGAGAAGUUAGCUCGGCCAGGGGCAAAAGCUUAUCUACUGAUGCUGGUCUGGCAUAUUCUCAUCCCAACUUGGGAAGUGAUGUACUCACAGAUGCAAAUUAUCCUGGAUUAUGAUAUGUUUGCAGAUGAUGACAAUGAUUCAUCAGAAGCUAGUAAAUGUUGCUUGACCUGCUUGUCUAAUUUUUCGUUCACUUCCUUUGCAGCCGGAGAUGUCUAUAGCGAUUAUGUCUAUGAUGAGUCUUCAGGGUACUACUACAGUAGCACUUUGGGAUAUUAUUAUGACCCAUCUACAGGACUCUUUUGCUCAGCAGUAUCAGGGCAAUGUUAUUCCUUUAAUGAGGCAACUGGAACAUAUGACGAAGUUAAGGAGGUUGCAUCUGCAUAAAUCGAAAGUAGCCGCUGCAGUGUAGGAUGUUGUACAAGCUGUACAGUAAGGUGUGUGAAAUUUUCAUCUUGAAGUAUGUUUCAUAGGACAGGCUCCUCGAAUGUUAUUUGCAUUUGAGAUCUAACAUUCUACAGUUUGUGGUUAUAGUGAUCUCGAACUCUAAGACUUAGCCUAGUUGGUUGCGAAUUGAAGUCAUUCUUAGGAGGCUACGGUUUCUUUUGUACCCAAACAAAAUGAUUUUGUCCUUGGUUUAUUUUACCAACCAAGAUCACGUUUCCUGAUUAUUA